CCCAGGCCCCAAGGACAGGCUCUGCUUCUGUGAGGUUUGCAAGGUGCCAAAAACAUCUCUGGUGCUCCGGCAGGAGUAGCCAAUGGAAGCCACAACCGGGACCCCUCCCACCCCUCCGCUCAAUGGCAUCCAGCCUCCUGAAUCUCUCCUCCCUCUCUCCUGACCUGACACCGAAGUGAGGACCCAGAGGCCUCAGGGUCUGCAGAACCCUCUCUGCCUGUCCUGUGGUUCCCAGACAGAGCCUCAUCCUCUCUAAGGAUGGCCUGGAAACAGCUUCUCCUUGUCUCCUGUUUCUCCACCGCUGUGCUUCUCCUGUCCAUGCUGCAGGAGGGGACAGGUGCAUCUGUGGGCACCAGGCAGGUAGCUGGACAAGAGGCCCAGGAAGGUCAGUGCUGGGGCCACCCCGUGGUGCAGGGUGGGUGUGCCAGCCCCUGCGGUGGCUCUGGUGGGCCUGAGCUGGUUAUGACUGGCCUCUUUUGGGUUUCAGGCGUGGAACAGAAGAUAUUCAUGCAGGAAUUAGAUGCCUCGAAUUUCCUCAAGAAGCGUGGCAAGCGGUCUUCCAAAUCCCGAGACGAGGUCAAUGCGGAGGACAGGCAGAGGCUGCGGGCUGAUGAGCUACGAAGAGAAUAUCAUGAGGAACAACGAAACGAGUUUGAAAACUUUGUGGAGGAGCAAAAUGAUGAAAAAAUUUGCUUACUUCUGCUCUAGAUCAAGAAUUGAAAAACCAGAGAAAGCAGCUGUUCUUACAAAAACAAGAGUGCCACCUGGAGGCCAAAGAGGCACCAUGCUCUUCCAUUUGUGAGCUGUACUUACUUCACUGCUCAUCUUUAAUGAACAGAUUUUCUCUGAUACUCAAGAUGUUUUACAGAAGCUGUUUUCACAAUAUUUUGGAGGAAAGUCAAGUGUCAAUAUUCACAUAGCCACUUGAAACAAUUACCCAGAUUGUGAAAAAGUCCCAAAUCAGCUCCCGACAAGGUGAUGAAGACGGGAGGAGCGCCCUGCUUGACGGCAAGACGGCAACGGCACUGCAACAGACGCCACCCCCCAACAGCUGUGUCAUCACUAGGUGACAGGAAUUUUUCGACUCCAUUAUAAUCUUAUGGGACUACCAUGCUCUGUGUGGUCAAGUGUCACUGACCAACACAUUGUUACGGAGCACGUGACUGUACAUAAAUGAGGAGAGCACUGGACGGACCUGUGGUGGUGUAUAAGUGGCCUGUGGUUGGCCACCCGGAACUCCACAGGGUGUCAUGUGCAUUGUGUUCUAUGUGAAUAACGCUCAACACAGCAGCUCUGCCUCUAUAUCUGAAGCCACCCCCAAAAAGUAAAAAGAAAACUUAAGAGUGGAGAAAAAAAUCCUAACUCCUAGCCCUCACAAAUACACGUAUUCCCCAACCCACCUUAUCCAUAUUUCAUUUAUUAACUCCACAAACAUUCUUGAGGACAUACUAUGUGCCAGGCACUAUAUCAAGUAUCGGGGAUAAAGCGGUGAAGAGGGCAGGGUCCCUUCUCUCCAGGAGCUGGAAGAAGGCACAGAAAUAAGGCUGGACCCUCACAAAGGACUGUCCCUGUUUCAAUGGAACAGCAUCAUGCGGGAACUGAAAGAGGGUUCAAGAAGUCCAGAUGGCCCCUGGCUGGCGUAGCUCAGU